AUGGAGCCUUUCUCCUCAGCUUCAGAGUGCAUUCCAUGGCUUGUGGUCCUCAUCAUCGAAUGUCUGGCCAUUGUCAUCCUUAAUAUCAUCACCAUUGCUGUUUUUGUGAAGAAGAAGCGUCAGCUUCAGCGGCGGAGUACAUAUUUGAUCAUCCAUCUGGCGAUAGUCGAUGUCUUGGUGGGCGCAGUCUCUGGGCCGCUGCAGAUUGAAAUAAAAAUGGAGUGGCUCUGUCCUCUAUGGAAUUACAGACGAAAUACUCUUUGGUCUCAUCGUUUAUCUUUUUUAUUUCUACAUUUAUUCUAUUUCACUUCCAUUACAAAUCUCAUUGCCAUUUCCUUAGAACGGCUACACGCAACAUUUUGUCCAUUCAGGCAUCGCUUUGUAAGGAAAUGGGUUUAUAGAGCCAUGAUUAUUGUCAUUUGGCUAAUAGCUAUUGUUAGAGAAGUCGCCCAAAUUUUCUUAUGGGAAAUAGGUUAUUUCGAGGUAAUUAAUGCUUACUUGUAUCUCCCAUUUUAUGCAGUUUCUCUAUUCGUUAUCUGUGUAUCUUACAUCCUCAUUGUUAUCAAAGUGCGAUGUAGUCGUCAUCCCCAAUUCCAUUCUAGGUCCAAAAGAGAAAGAAAACUGACGGGUACUGCGCUUAUCGUCUCACUUGUAUCUUUACUUUGUCUUCUACCAGGGACAAUAUAUGUAGCAUGUAUUCACCUUUCCUCUUCUUGUUUUAUGAUGUAUUUUCAUAUUAAGAUGGCUGUGGUAGUUCUAUUCUUAGCUAACUCACUUGUAAAUCCUAUAAUUUACGCCCUUCGGAUGCCAGGAUUCAGGGAAGGUUUAUUACAGCUAGUUUACAGAGUCCCAGACCUUCCUCGUAUCGCCCUAGCAAACCUGCCACUUCGCAACCUUUUGAGAGCGUAGAUGGAUGGUAGGAAAACUAUGUAUGAAAUUUUUCUUUUAAAUAACUUUAACUUCUUAGCCGAGCAACAUGCAUUUCCAUUUCAUUUUUUGGUGAUAUGAGAGUAGACUAAGGAUAGAAACGGUACAAACAUCUAAAUGAUUAAAAUGAAAAGUGAUGCACCUAGAAAACUAAACAAAGAUAUAAGUUAGGUUUUUCUUUGAGUGGAACGAAAAAAUCAUCGAGGAGUCUUCAAAUAUAAAAAAAUUGAAAUCAUUAUGAAGAGAGAAUACUUUAUUUUCCCAUUGGAGUUACUCUUAAAUUAAGUAAAGAUGCACCGAUAGAUCUAAAGAAAUAAAUGUCACCGUGUUAUUCUAUUUUCAAAAGUUUUGUCGGCUGCGUCACUUUUCCUCUGUAAUAUUACAUAUUCUCAGGUAUUAACCGACAGCUUUUAAAAAUUCAACUUUAGGAUCUAGGAAAUGGCUCAUCUCUGAUAGUAUUUUGCAGUUUAAUUACGAUAAAGUAGAGGACUUCGUCCAAAUUAACUCAAUACAGCAAGUGUAUGCUUCCAUCCAAAAUCUCGGUUUAGCUGCACUCAACUUAACAUGCUCUAAUUACGAUCCCGCCUGUGGGACAGUGAAACGCAAGUCUGUCAAUAAAUGUCUCACUUAUGAAAGUAUUUUUAAUUUAAGAUGUGAGAUUACAACUGUAUUAGUUUUAAAACAGUAAGACUGUCUAAUUUAUGAUUAUACUUUUGAAGUCUUGUCCAGUAUGUUUGCGUUACUUAUGACCUACCUUGUAAGAAAUUUAAGUCAUUAAUUAGAAAUUAUUACCAACUUUCAGCAACGCAAUUUUUAUGUAACUCCAUAUUAUAGGAUGCACGGUCUUUAUCACCGCUUUAAAGAUUUCCGUUCGUAAAACUUCUACCCAUUUAUCUUGCGAAUACUUAAUUGGAAAUAACAUCCACAGCUGUAAUUAAUAACCUGAGUUAAGUUAGGCGAUUUCUUGAACUGAAUAUAAUAAGGAACCAAGUCUACAGGAGAAGUUUAUUUUCAAUAAAAGAAAAUGACUAGUUCAGUGCAGAUAUAAGAAAAUAAAAUCGAUCAGAGAAGUUUUUUUAAAAGAACAGAGAGAAUUUUUCGGACCAUUCAUAAGUACGAACACUAAAAAAUGCCUCGUAUUUCAGUUUUGAAAUGUUUUCUCAGCCAUUUAAAUUGCCUUGUUCUGUGAUAUAACCUCUCCUGUAAACACCAAAAGCUUUUUUUUAAUGAAACAUCCACGGGAUUUGAGAGCAGACACCACCAAGGCAAACACAACAUCGACGGAAAAUUACCAGUCAACGGAACGUGCACUUACUAUAAAUGAUUCAGUUCAUGUUAGUUGGUCAUCUCAAGAAGAGAACUAAUUUUUCUAAUGAAACAAACAUGGCUUUUUCAUCACGAUUUUACAUGUUUUACGCUAUAUUAAAUCUGCAAAGGAAAAAAUAUGAACGAUCAAGACAAGUAAAUCUAAUUAUGUCGCGAUUCAUACUCAAAAUUAGUUUGUCAUAAGAUAAAAACGCAUAGUCUAAAAUGAACCAACACCCUAAGAGAGAUAGAACCAAAUUAAAAAAAGGAGAGGUUCUAAUGAGCAAGAAGCUUCCAUUUCAUUCACAAGCGAGACUUCCGAUUUAAGGGGGCGGGAAAUAAUUUUUAGUUUCACGUGAAAAAAAUCGAAUGGAGCAAUGUUUAUUAAGUUUUGUUAGUUUAAUUAAUUGUCUCGCUUUUAAAUAGAAAAGUCAACAAACAUCAUAGUUUUACUGACUCAGAAAAAAAAAAAUAACACGAGUACAAAUUGAGGAAAACUCAGAGCUAAAUGGAUAUCUAGACUCAUUAUUUCUUUUCCUCGUAUUUGUGCCUAUUUAAAUGAUGUCGACCGACCGGAAGAUCUCUGUUGUUGCCAUCUGCUUUUGGAGGCUAUAAAUUUCCUUCAAGCAAUUGAGAUCACUAGUGGCAAAGCUUUCCGCUAAUUCAGUGAACAUCGAAAAAGUUCUAUAAUUAUUAUUAAAUUCGUCUUUAUUGAAAGAAAAAAAGGAAUAGGCUAUGAUAUACAUUCAUAUCCGCAUAAAAAAAACUCGAGGAUCAGUUUAAGUUAACAGACGAAACUUAGUCAAAGCACAUAAAAAAAAAACGUGAAAAGCAAUAUUUGACAUGUAUCUUUAUUGAGAAUAUUGAAAUCAUAUUUCAUUUUAUCUCAAAUUGCAUUGUUUUCUGUUAUUUUCAUAGCAGCUAACAGAGCUCAGAGAAAAUGCAGCCUUUCUCAGCUUCGCAGUGUAUUCCAUGGCUUGUGGUCCUCAUCAUCGAAUGUCUGGCCACAGUCAUCCUAAAUAUCAUCACCAUUGUUUUUUUUAUGAAGAAGAAGCGUCAACUACAGCGGCGGAGUUUAUGUUUGAUCAUCCACCUGAUGAUGGUCGAUCUCCUAGCGGGUGCAGUCUUUGGACCGCUGCAGAUUGAAAGAAGACUGUUGCAGUUCUGUCCUCUAGGGAAUUACAGACAAAGGACUAGUUGGUCUUUUUAUUUAUCUUUUGCAUUUUUACAUUUAUUCUCGUUCACUUCCCUAACAAAUCUUAUGGCUAUUUCCUUAGAACGGUUACAUCCAAAUUUUUUUUCAUUCAGGCAUCGCUUUGUGAAGAAAUGGGUUCAUAGAGCCAUAGUUAUUGUCAUUUGGUUAAUACCUAUUGUUAGAGAGGUCGCUCAAAUUUCCUUAGAGGGAAUUGCUAGUAAGGUUGUAAUUGAUACUUACUUGUACAUCCUAUUUUAUGCAGUUUCUCUAUUUGUUAUCUGUGUAUCUUACAUCCUCAUUACUAUUAAGGUACGAUGUAGUGGUCAUCCGCAAUUUUAUUCUAGGUCCAAAAGAGAAAGAAAACUGACGGGUACUGCGCUUAUCGUCUCACUUGUAUCGUUACUUUGUUUUCUACCAGCGAUAAUAUAUUUAGCAUGUCAUCGCUUUUCCUUCACUUGUUCCACAAAUAUUCAUAUUGAUAUGGCUGUGGUAGUUCUAUUUUGA